AACGAAUGAGCACGACGACAGGUCGCCCGCCGGCGGGUCACAAGUCACGGCUCCAGAUCAGCGGCUCCUUCAUGAAGGCCGUAUGGAGCCGACGCAGCAGCCGGCACGCUGGCUCUGGCUCUGGCGCUGGCGCUGGCUCGGCGGCUUCGGCGGCUGGCGGCGGAUCAUCUGCGCCGAGCGAGUCGCCUUCGUCCAAGCGCCGCGGUCUGGCGGGCCUCCUGCAGCUCGGCGGCCAUCACAGCAACCACAGCAGCAAUGGGACUACUGGCGGCGGCGGCGGCGGCGGCAGCAGCAGCAAUGGCGGUUCGCGCUGGGGCUCGAGGCACACGUCGCCGGCGCCGUCCCAUCACGGCUCUGUCCAGGACGUCUCGGCUCCGCAGUCGUCGGUUGGCGGCGCUGGUGCUGGUGCUGGUGCUGGUGCUGGUGCUGGUGCUGGUGGGCUCAGACCCCCGGCCUCCGCUGGGCACAGUCGCAAUGGAAGCAGCUCGGCCGUGACAAGUGGCAACGGUCGCCCAAGCAAUGGCAAUGGUUCGCUGUCUACGACGCAGCAGCAGCAGGCGCAACAGGCUGCACUGGCCGCACGGGUGCCGCGGGAUGUCGGGCGGACGGUCAAGCUCAACCGGCGCGAGGGCGAUGUGUUUGGCUUUGGGCUGUUUGGCGGCAGCGAGCACGAUCUCACGCUGUCCAUCUCCAAGCUGGUCCCGGGCGCAGUCGCAGAUGCAAGCGGACAAGUGCUCAUCGGAGACGAAGUCCAGUCAAUCAACAACCAAAUUGUGGUCGGAGCCACCCACGACGAGGCCAUCAGCCUGAUCAAGCAGAGUUCGACAACCCUCACUCUGUCGCUUCGUUACGGAUCUGCAGUUCAAGGUUCACGACGCAUCUCGGAAAUGCUCAACACCAAGUUCCCAGAUCACUCACCAGACGAGCAGUUCAAAAAGUUCAUCCGAGAUAAGCUCUACCACUCUUCGAUUCCUUACACGACUCGUGCCAGACGCGAGGGAGAGGUGGACGGCAAGUCGUAUCAUUUCAUUUCAAAGGAAACCUUCUUGGCGAUGAUGAAUGACGGCAAGUUCCUGGAGCACGGCGAACAGAACGGCGUCAUGUAUGGAACGAUCAAGCCCUCAGCAGACUUGACUGCGCAGCCCCGCGCCGAGAAGAAUCGCCUCGCAAACCGCACCCGCUCAAUCGAGCUGCUGACUGAUGAGGUUGGUGUCAAGCCUAUGGAGACUGGUGCGCCGAGCAUUGUUGACACUCUUCCGCAGGGCAAGAAUCUGCGACGCGGUCGAAGCACGCAACGCGCGGCCAAGCUUGUGCGCGCCAACGGCACUGCAGCGGCCUCUGAAAGCGUUGCAACUCAAAAGCCCUUGCCGUUCGGCUGGGAAAUGCGACACACCGACGACGACCGAACGUACUUUGUCAAUCAUAACGAUAUGAGCACUACUUGGCUUGACCCUCGACUGCCGCGGGACGGCAAGCUCGCCAAAGAUUGCUCAGACAAUGAAUUGCCUUUUGGCUGGGAGGCUGUCACCUCAGAGGAGGGCACGUACUAUGUCGAUCAUGUUCGCCGACAAACCUCUUGGAGCCAUCCUCGUUUACUUGCUCAGAAGGGCCAGUUGUAAUUGCUCUGCAUAUAGUUUGAUUGUGUGUAUGUUUGUGCGGCGGAUGAUUGUGAAAGCGUCGCGGAAUUGGUUGUUGAGGGAAUUGUUCUCUGUGAUUUUUCGAAACAAGAGAGAUAGAUUCGCGAUA